GCGGCCUCCGAGGAGCCUCCUUCUCCGCCUUCUCGCCUUCGGGUCCCGGGCGCCCCGGGCAGCCGGAGAGGGCGCGAUGCCGGCGCUGCUGGAGCCGAAGCUGAGCUCGGCCAUGGCCCGCGCCUUGCACCGGCACGUCAUGGUGGAGAGAGAGAGGAAGCGGCAGGAGGAGGAAGAAGUCGACAAGAUGAUGGAGCAGAAGAUGAAGGAGGAGCAAGAGAGACGCCGGAGAAGGAGAUGGAAGCGGAUGUCCCUGGAGGAGACGAAGGAGCAGAUCAUGAAGCUGGAAGAGAAGCUGCUCGCCCUGCAGGAGGCACACCAGCUUUUCCUUCAGCUGAAGAAAGUCCUCCACGAGGAAGAGAAACGGCGUCGCAAGGAGCAAAGCGACAUGACGACCCUGACGGCAGGCUACCAGCAAGGAAUGGCCGUCCACGCAGCUCACAUUCUCAACAUGCAAGGGAGCCCCGGAGGCCACAACCGGGCCGGCACCUUGAUAUCCGCCGAUCGAGCCAAGCAGAUGUUUGGACCCCCUCUUCUCCAGUCUCGCCACUUUGCCACGCCCAUUCCCCCCAGCACGGCAGAGCACGGCCAGUACCAAGGCGGGCAGUCCGGGCACAGCCCUUAUGCCGUGGGGCAGAGCCAGCACACGGUGCCCGUCAGCUACGCCAGCAGCCAGUCGAUCCGAGGGCCUUCUGCCUUCCCCACCAUGCAGUACUUGCCGCAGCAACAGACCGGCUACACAAUCCACAGCCACUUCCCCACUGCUCAGCCUGGUUUCAUUCCUCCGAGCACAGCCAUCCCUCUGCAGAAACAACUGGAGCACGCGAACCAGCAGUCGGGAUUUACCGAUUCGUCGACCUUACGUCCGAUGCACCCCCAAGCCCUGCACCCCAACCAGGGCCUCCUACAAGCCCCCCAAAUCCCUGUCCAGAUGCAGACAGCUGCCAAGCCCAGUUUGGCGUACACCCACCCGGCCCGCCCAGCCUCCCCAGGCAGCUUCUCCCACGGAACCGCCCCACAGCAACCCCACACAUCCGGUUUCCAGGCCUCCCCGCAACCAGCACCUCGGCACCCAUUCAUUCAGCACCCGCAACAGGGCCAGCGCUUCUACCACAAGUGAGCCCACCCCCCCCCCAUCUCAU